AUGUCGGAAUAUACAGUCGAGGUUGUAUGUGGCAGUGGAAAUGAUUAUGAUGGCCGAAUGGGAGUGCGGAUAUCUUCGAUAUUCGUUAUUGGAUUUGGGUCUAUGAUGGGUGCUCUUUUACCAAUAGCUGCAGCAAGAACAAAAAGAAUGAGUGUUCCGCCUCUGGCAUUCUUUAUCACUAAAUAUUUCGGAUCGGGUGUGAUUAUAGCUACCGCUUUUAUACAUUUGUUGGCACCCGCUACGGAAAACCUGUCCUCACCCUGUUUAACGGGUCCAAUUACAGAUUACAGUUGGGCAGAAGGAAUUGCCCUUAUGACAAUUUUCAGCAUGUUCUUCAUUGAGCUCAUGGCUUCACGAUACGAUGUAUUCGGACAGGAUAGUCAUGAUUUGGAAGCCGCCGAUCCUGCAAGGGAUCUUAUCAAACAAAAUACCCGGAAUGAGAAGCAUAGCACAUUAAGAACGCCUUUACCGUCAGAAGCUGCGAAUAGCCCUCAAGCAUCCAGUGCAGUAUUAGAAAAUGAUCAUGCAAGCUCGAUUACUCAAAGGCAGUCAACUGGAGAAGGACCAUCUGAAGUCAGAUCCAGCAUUCCAGGAAGACCUGAUGAUUUAUCAUACCCUCCUGGAGGUGAGGAUCAUCUUGGGCAUCAACGAGAACACCAUGAAGAUGACGAUCAUUUCGCUGCUCAAAUGACCGCAAUCUUCAUUCUGGAAUUUGGUGUCAUAUUUCAUUCCAUAUUUAUAGGUCUCACACUUGCCGUCACAGGUGAUGAUUUCAAUAUUCUUUACAUUGUCCUCGUCUUUCAUCAAACAUUUGAAGGUCUUGGUCUUGGGGCUAGACUUGCUACUGCUCAUUGGCCGAAAACGAAGAGCUGGAUGCCUUGGGCUUUGGGAACAGCUUAUGGUCUUACAACACCCAUUGCGAUUGCCAUUGGCUUAGGUGUUCGUACAACAUUUGCUCCAGGUAGUCAAAAGACUAUGAUUAUUAAUGGUGUGUUUGAUUCUAUCAGUGCAGGAAUCCUCAUAUAUACAGGAUUGGUGGAGUUAAUGGCACAUGAAUUUAUGUUCAAUCAGGAGAUGCGUAAAAGUUCAAUGAAGAUGAUGCUUUUUGCUUUUGGAUGUAUGGUUGCUGGAGCGGGUCUAAUGGCGUUACUAGGAAAGUGGGCUUGA